AGACCGGCGGGCCCGGGAGGAGAGGCGCGGAGGGGAGCGGAGCUAUGCUAAACCCGGGGUACCGCUGAGGCGGGGCGGGCCAGGCCAGAGGCGGGGGAUCUCCGGCGGCGGGCGCGCAGGGGCCCGGCUCCCGAGGCGGCGGCAGGCAGCAUCUCGGCGCGGGGAGCGGCUCCGCAGCCACCGGGCCAAUGAACAUGUCAGUGUUGACUUUGCAGGAAUACGAAUUCGAGAAGCAGUUCAACGAGCAUGCGGCCAUCCAGUGGAUGCAGGAAAACUGGAAGAAAUCAUUCCUGUUUUCAGCUCUGUACGCUGCCUUUAUAUUUGGUGGACGGCACCUAAUGAACAAACGAGCAAAAUUUGAACUGAGGAAGCCGCUAGUGCUCUGGUCUUUGAGCCUCGCCGUCUUCAGUAUAUUCGGUGCUGUUCGAACUGGUGCUUAUAUGCUGUACAUUUUGAUGACCAAAGGCCUGAAACAGUCAGUGUGUGACCAGAGUUUUUACAUUGGACCUGUCAGCAAAUUCUGGGCAUAUGCAUUUGUGCUAAGCAAAGCACCCGAACUAGGUGAUACAAUAUUCAUUAUUCUUAGGAAGCAGAAGCUCAUCUUCUUACACUGGUACCACCACAUUACUGUGUUACUUUACUCUUGGUACUCCUACAAGGACAUGGUGGCUGGCGGGGGCUGGUUCAUGACCAUGAACUACGGAGUACACGCCGUCAUGUACUCGUACUAUGCCUUGCGGGCUGCUGGCUUCAGGGUCUCACGCAAGUUUGCCAUGUUCAUCACCCUGUCGCAGAUCACUCAGAUGUUGGUCGGUUGCGUGAUCAAUUACCUGGUCUUCUCCUGGAUGCAGCAGGGCCAGUGCCAUUCCCACGUGCAGAACAUCAUCUGGUCCUCUCUCAUGUACCUCAGCUACUUUGUGCUCUUCUGCCAUUUUUUCUUUGAGGCCUAUAUCGGCAAAACCAGAAAAGAAAGAAAGGUUGACUAGUGGUUAGAAACAAGAAAGCCAUAGCUCAGGGUCAUCAAGAAAAACAAAAUUAUAAGACAAGAAAAGGCACAAGGAAACACAUAUAUGUAUGGUGCAGCUAAAACUUGGCAGCUUAGGGAACGUUAGCAUGGUUUAACCCAGUAAGUUUAUGAUCCUAUCAUGGUGAGGACUCACUGAAUUCUACUCUAUCUCAAAGGACUGCUGAUGAAAGACAACUUCCUUCUUGUACCUCUCUGCUCUAGAAAAGAAGGAGAAAAGAAGAGAAAAAUCAAGAAAAGAGGAAAGAAAAAAGAGAAGAAAAGAGAAAUGGAAUGAUGUUAAGGGGGGAGAAAAAAGUACAUUAAAUAAGCAUUGUGUUUCUCCAAGGUGGAGGAGAGACUUUUAUUUUAAAAAAGAAAAAUACAUGUUUCUAAAUCCUUUCUAAUAUUUUCUCUGCAUUAAACAAAACAAACAAACAAAAAAAAAAAAGCAGAGAUGACAAAACAAUAAUCUGUCUAUAAUAACAACAAGAUUGCAGAAUUAAAAACUUUUCCAUAGAAGGUUGAUACCUUUAGCCAAAAUGAAGCCCAAAAAUGUGUUUCCUGCAUGGAAACUGGCUGAACUCCACACUGUGGUUAUGUAUGGAAAAGAGAAGAGAUUGAUUUCUCUGCUAUGUGCUCUGCCAGGAGAGCAGAUCUGGGACACAGAGUGACCUCCCUCAGAAGGUGGAAAGGAGCAGUACUUUUACAAGAGUUUAAUGUGAAAAGAUGCACUGUUGCAAUACAUAUCUCAGAGAGUGCAUUUUCCAAGUGCAUUUUUCAGUUAAAGGCAAGGAAUUUCUGCAGCAGGAUAAGUCAUAGAGGGUUAAAUCAAUCAAUAUUUGCUAAAUUACCAGGGGCUAAUAGCGGAGGGAUGUUCAGGAAGGAGGGGGAGACAACUCCCCUCACAAGAUUUUUAGGAAUUAUCCAUUACUCUUAAUUUAGCCCGCAGCAACACUGAAUGAAAUGGGGGAAAUCGGGAGAAAUCGCAGUUAGCGAGAAGAGAGUGAUUUAUCUGCCCACUGUUUUCAGAACAGAGCCCUGUGGUACAAUCUGGAUUCUGUGUUUUUGCAGACACAAGGAUGCCUGCCUGAGUUGGGAGAGGUGGCAGGACUGUGCGACAUUGGGUAUCACUGUGCUUCUGCAUCUGCCUCCUGGGCAGUGCAAUGAUGUUCAAAGUGCCCUCCUCUGGUCAUGUGGAGAUACUACUACAAAACAUACUUGGAAUAGGUUUUUCUUGAGAUUUGUGUAGAAAAAAAUAGUCUAAAUGAAGUAAUUUUGCUGCAACAGCUUGACUCUAAAGUCCAGAGAGAGAGAGUUAUCUUUCAUUAAAUAAAUAUAUCUCUGCAGAAUCUGUACUGUAACAUCAGAUUGACCGCUUAAGAAGACACUCUUUCUUCUCUGAAGUCAGCUACAGAUAUAUGGAGAAGUGUAUUUCACUCUGAACCUUAGAGAGUUAGUUGAGAACAGCCAUAUUCUUUCAAAGACAAGUAGAUUGCAUUAUCUGUGAUAUUCCAGUCCUUACAAAGCCAAAUAAAAUGUGUAAAAGUUCCUAGUAUUUCAAAGACGCAAGUAUGUAAACUUGAUGUUAAAUGUGUUAAUGUAGUAUUCUAAAUUGUAACAGCUAGGUAGUUUAACUAAACAAUUAGAAGAACUAGAUCAACAAAAUAGGGACUGCUGUUCUGCAUAGAAUAUACACACACCUAUAACUACACCCAUAUACACAUUCUGUGAAUUGUCAACAAGAAAAAAACAGCCCAGUGGCAGAGAAUCACAUUUCCUGGCUAAUGCAAAAGAUUGUCAUUAUCUUUCUUGCUUUAAUUUGAGAUUGUACAGUACAAGGGGUUUUUUUUAAUUAUGAUUUUUAGCUUUAAUUGUGCUGUCAUUCAUGAAACAGAGCUGCUUUAGUAUCCUGUUAAGAGAUGACAAGGGCUUUCGGUGUCUCAUUAUAUACAAAAGAAAAACAAAUAAAGUUACAUUCCAUAUUAUGUGAAUGGUCUUACAAAUCAAAGGCCUUUUCAGGCUCAAAUCGUAAUUAUAACAAGCAGAAAAUGAGUUUACAUUUGUGUUAUUUAAGUUAUUGAUGUGCUGACAUUAUUUUAUGGUACAAAACAUAGCAAAAUGUGAUAUGCAGUAAUGAAGCUAUGAUAUUCAUUAAUAGGACUACUGUAUACGUGGAAAUAUUAGACAAAACCAAUUAAAUGUGUAAACCAUUUUGUUAUACA